AUAAAAAUAUUAUUUAGCGCCAUCUAUAAAAUAAGACCCAAAACACAAUACGUCAAAAACACGUGUUAUGUCAAAUUAUAAACAAUGUCAAUAAACGUAGAAAAAUUUAAUUUAAAUAAAUCUCCACAAUGCCCGCACGGCCCAACAAUUUUAUUUUCAAGAAGCACACACGAAAAAAGAAAAUUUUUCGCCUGUUCCGCUUGUAGAGACAAGAAAGAUUGCAACUUCUUCUUAUGGCAAGACGAGGUAGAUUCUUUGAGUGAAUCGGUGAGGAAAUCUUGGGAAGAUGAACGUAAAAGCUAUAUUAAAGGCAUAAACAGAAAAAAAAAAGUUGAGAUGUUAAAUUUGAUGAAAAAAUUACCUCAACACAAACGACGAUAUUGCCUAAAAUGUAAUCGAUUCGUUUUAGAGAAGUUUUUAAAGAAACACAACAAACACGAUUUGAUUAACAUUUCCGAUGAAUUACUUUCUAAACCAAGUUAUAUCUUUAAACCGUUAGAUAAUAACCGAAAAGAAGCGCAAUAUUUGUUUUCUCCGUCUACGAUAACGAUGAUUAUUAACGUUUUAAAAGAUUUAAACGUAAAGAAUGUUUUAUGUGUUGGUACUCCCCGGAUUCAUGAAUUUAUUUUAACAGGGAAUCUCAAUAAAAAUUCUUUGUUGUUGGAUUUUGAUAAAAGGUAUCAUAAUUUUUAUAAUAUCGACCAAUUUUGUUGGUACAACAUGUUUAAUCAUCAUUUUUUCUUAAAAUCGAAACGAGUUUUUAAUGAAUUUAUUAAAAAUAGUUUCGGUAAUCUAAUAUUGAUAGUUGAUCCCCCAUUUGGAGGGCGAAUUGAGUUAUUAGCUAAAACUUUUAGGAGAAUAAACAAGGCGUUUAGGAAUAUAACAAACGUUCAAGAAGAUUUAAAGGUUUUGUUUAUAUUUCCGUACUUUAUGGAGCCGCAAAUUUUGAAUUCUUUGCCAGAAUAUAAAAUGUUGGAUUAUAAGAUACAGUAUGAUAAUCAUGUUUUAUUUCAACAUGGUGUUAAAGGACGGAAACAAGGAUCCCCUGUUAGGAUUUUCACCAAUAUUAAUCCGAGUUUAAUUCAACUUCCUAAAGAUGAAGGAUAUAAAUAUUGUGGGAAAUGUAAUCGAUGGGUUUCCAAUGAAAACAAACAUUGUAAUAAAUGUAAUUCUUGCACCUCAAAAGAUGGGAGAACGUAUAUUCAUUGUGAUAAAUGUGAGAGAUGCGUUAAACCGACAUGGAUACAUUGCAACGAUUGUAAUAAAUGCGCCCUAAAGGAUCAUUAUUGUGGAGAGUUACCGUUUCAAAAGCAAUGUUUUCAUUGCCAUAAAGACGGGCAUAAAAAACGGGAAUGUCCCGAGGUUGAUCAUGAAUUGUUAAGAAAAAAAAGGCGAAAAUAAAUAAAUUAAUUCAUUAAA